UUGUGCUGGAAUACCGAAGCUGGCUAUCGCAAGCUGGGGGACAGAAAGUCCACCUGGCGAUGUGUCAAGUGUAAGCAAACUCACUCUAUUCAGUCUUCUUUAUCACCAAGGAUUGAAUCCGAUGCACUAACACUUAAGGAGAUAAGAGCUCUCUCCGAUAAACUGGCCCCAUUAGAAUGCUUUAAAGAUGAAGGCAUUGCCCUGAGAUCUGAAUUUUUUAAAUCUUCACUAAAUAGUACUAAUUUGGCGCUAAAACAAUUUAAUGACAAAAUUAAGGACUUUGAACAGCGUCUAGUACAGGUCGAGAAAGUACAAAAACAUGCUAACCUAAUUCAGACACGGUUAGAAAAACUGGAGCAGGAGUCGAACUCUGCGGAGCAAUGGUCAAGAAUGAAUAAUGUAGAAAUAAAGGGAGUACCUCAGACAAGCGGUGAAAAUUUGUUUGAAAUCAUAUCCAAAAUUGGGUCUAUGAUACAAUAUCCGAUUACAAAGACUCAGGUUAAUUUCGUCACGAGAGUACCAACCCGUGAGAAGGAGCACAACGAACCGAUAAUAAUCUGUUUCUGCAAUCGCUAUGUGAAGGAAGAUUUUGUGGCGGCAGCCAGAUAUGCAUCGAAGACUAGUCAUCUCACAUCAAGCAACUUGGGAUUUGUGGGUAACAACAGAAUUUACAACAACCCUGCACAAUAA